CUCGAAGGUGGUCAAGCACGAAGGUGCUCUGCUCGGCGUUGGAUACUCGGACCGAUCUCGUCGUAGUGGUGAUCGCGCGUCUUGCUGCAACCGGAUUGAUUACAAUUUCGAAGGGAACAAGUUUGAAAAGAAUACUUCGGAGUGCCCUUCGAAUUCACGAUGGCGACGGUUGUGCAAAGCCUGUACGACAGCUACCGAGACCUGAUGGACAACAAAAGCGACCCAAGGGUAAACGGUUGGGCCAUGAUGAGCAGCCCGUUACCCACCCUAGCUAUCUGUCUGUCUUACGUCUACUUCGUCAAAGUCCUAGGCCCUAAGCUGAUGGAGAACCGCAAGCCGUUCGAUCUCAGGAAAGUCAUGAUAUUCUACAACCUCUUCCAAGUGAUAUUCUCCACGUGGCUGUUCCACGAGUCCUUGGUGUCCGGAUGGGGAGGUCAUUAUUCGUUCCGUUGCCAACCUGUGGACUACUCGAACAACCCGCUGGCGUUACGAGUGGCGAACGGCUGCUGGUGGUACUACUUCUCCAAGUUCACAGAGUUCAUGGACACGAUCUUCUUUGUCUUGAGGAAGAAGAACGAUCAAAUCACGACUCUCCACGUGAUUCAUCACGGAUGCAUGCCAAUGUCCGUCUGGUUCGGCGUCAAGUUCACUCCUGGUGGUCACAGCACGUUCUUUGGGUUCUUGAACACGUUCGUGCACAUCGUGAUGUACUCCUACUACCUGCUGGCCGCCCUGGGUCCGAAGAUCCAACCCUACCUGUGGUGGAAGAAGUACCUGACGUCCCUGCAGAUGAUCCAGUUCGUUCUGGUGAUGAUCCACGCGUUCCAGCUCCUCUUCAUCGACUGCAACUACCCGAAGGCGUUCGUCUGGUGGAUCGGGUUGCACGCCGUCAUGUUCUACUUCCUGUUCCGCGACUUCUACAGGGAAACGUAUAAGAAGAGGAAGAAUUCCCUGGCGAAGGAAAAGAAGCUGGAAGAGGAGAGGCGAUCCAACGAGAGCAGGAAGAACGAGAACGAAGCGACGCAGAGCGAGUCGAAGGAGAACGGCGCGAUCUACGCCAACCAAUACAAGAUGGCGACGGGGUAUAUAUCGGACAGUGGGCUGAGGAAUCGCGUGUUCAUCGACAACAGUGGCUUCGAGGAGCUGCCCACGUUGAAACCGUGAACACCCUGCUCCCGACCACAGGCAAACAGGCCAGACGGAGUUCUGGGUUUUGAUUGCUGAUCGAGGAUCCACGAUUUCCGUUGCCUGGGUUCUUCACGCCCACGACGAGUCAGGGCCGUUGAAAGGGUUUCUCUUCUCCGAAAAUGGCAAUUCGGAUCAGCCGACUGGCUCAUCCUGCGCGCGGGAUACGCGCGCAUGAAUUUACUAUUUUCACGCUUUCUGUGCGUGUUUGUGUACGUGUUUGCUUGUAUGUUCCAGUGUAGUACAUGUAGCGCAUGUACAAAUGAAUGUAAGAUGUAGAGUAAGAUAGGACCGAAGAAACGUUGCCGGGACGAUUGCAUCGAUACUCCUGUAAACGGAGUUAAGUUUACGCUCUUCCAGGUGAGUCUCUCGUCGCGUCUCGGAGUGAACCGAAGGUUUCUUUUUCAAAAACUUGUGUUUCUCUGACAUCAGAGGAUCUCAUCUAAAGAAGCCUCGAUUAGAAAUGGGUAAAACUCUCUUGGAAUAACAAAUGAAAAUUGAUGACGCUUAACGUGGAACAUAAUCUGAGUACACGCGUCAGAUUUCAUUUCUCGUUGUACAAAUUUUUUAUCUAAAGGAGAGUUUCACCUAUAUCUGGACUAUGUUCUUAAGCUCUUUUGGUAUGAAACUCACGGACUUGUCUAUUAGAGAUAGUCUUUCAUAAACGUCGUAAUCGUGAGCGUGUAGCGAGCUCUCACGAAUCUUGUCGCUGCCAGGUGGCGACGUUUCCAUUGCUCAAAUCGCUCGACGAUCUCCUCCAAGUCGUGAGCUCGCUACGCGAUCGCGGUUGUCCCCAUUCAAAUCAUAAAACUGAAUAAAUGUUGUUUGUUCUGUGAGCAUUCACCAGAUAUUAUGAUCGUGUGACGAAUCGUAGGCAAACGGAUCGUUAAAAUCGCUUUUUUAGAUUAAUUUAUUGGAGAUAGUAUUCCUUUUCCAACGCGUAAGCAAUCGAUGAAACUUCGAGGCCUAGCCAAUUAGGAUACUUUGUUAAUUUUUAUAACGUGGCAGUGUUUCCUGUGGGUAGUUUCCGUGGAUAGUGUUAGUUUUACGACGUCAGUUUUUUAAUAACUACGCAUACAACAAAUUCUUACCGUUAGCGUUUGAGGAUUUAAAAAAAAUUCCGCGCUGAACUUGUUGCCCUAAGUAAAUAUAGACAUAGUGCGAUGAAGGCAACACUUUCGAUGUGUAGAAUAAAUAAUUUUGUAUAAUAUGGACAACUCGUUGCCGACAAAUGAUGUAUUUAUUUUAUGACGAUUAAAUUGUACCGUUUUUAAUAAACAAAUUUGUCAAUGGGUUGUUUUCAACCAUCA